CCAGUAGGCGCUAAAAGACGCGGCGGCAAGGGGGAAGAACGAGACAAGAUACGCUUUUUCUCGUCCUCUUCUCGGAUCCGGCGGCGUGAGAGGAGAGGAGGGAAAGGGAAACCCUCGCAAAGUCAGCGGUCAAGUAUUCAGUCCAUCACUCUGGUUUUCUGGACGCUUAAUCAAAAUGGCAGAUGGUCAUGAAACUGAUAAGAAUAUUGAGAUAUGGAAGAUUAAGAAACUAAUCAAGGCCUUGGAAUCUGCCAGAGGUAAUGGCACAAGCAUGAUAUCUCUCAUAAUGCCACCUCGUGAUCAAGUUUCUCGAGUUGCUAAAAUGUUGGGUGAUGAAUACGGAACUGCUUCAAACAUCAAAAGUAGAGUCAAUCGGCAGUCUGUGUUAGCAGCCAUAACAUCUGCUCAGCAGAGGCUGAAGCUAUAUAACAAGGUUCCUCCAAAUGGUCUGGUUCUUUACACUGGAACCAUUGUCACCGAGGAUGGAAAAGAAAAGAAGGUGACCAUUGAUUUCGAGCCUUUCAAGCCCAUUAAUGCAUCACUUUAUCUUUGUGAUAACAAGUUCCAUACUGAGGCUUUGAAUGAACUUCUGGAAUCUGAUGACAAGUUUGGUUUCAUAGUGAUGGACGGAAAUGGAGCACUUUUUGGCACAUUAAGUGGCAAUACACGUGAGGUACUUCACAAAUUUACUGUUGAUCUUCCAAAAAAGCAUGGUCGAGGAGGACAAUCGGCACUUCGAUUUGCUCGGCUUCGGAUGGAGAAACGUCACAAUUAUGUUCGUAAGACAGCUGAACUUGCCACCCAAUUCUUCAUAAAUCCUACCACAAGUCAGCCAAAUGUAGCUGGAUUGAUUCUGGCUGGUUCUGCUGAUUUUAAAACUGAGUUGAGCCAGUCUGACAUGUUUGAUCAGCGACUCCAGGCCAAGAUACUCAAUGUAGUUGAUGUUUCCUAUGGAGGUGAGAAUGGCUUCAAUCAGGCAAUUGAGUUGUCAGCGGAAAUUUUGUCUAAUGUGAAGUUCAUACAGGAAAAACGAUUAAUAGGGAAGUACUUUGAGGAAAUAAGCCAAGACACGGGGAAAUAUGUCUUUGGUGUUGAUGACAAUUUAAAAGCUCUUGAGAUGGGUGCUGUGGAGACCUUAAUUGUUUGGGAAAAUCUGGAUAUUAAUAGAUAUGUGCUUAAGAACAGUGUUAAUGGGGAAAUCAUCAUAAAACAUUUGAACAAGGACCAAGAAACUGAUCAGAAUCAUUUCCGCGAUGCAGCUAACAAUGCCGAACUGGAGGUGCAGGAGAAAAUAUCUCUGCUGGAGUGGUUUGCUACCGAAUACAAACGAUUUGGUUGCACGCUCGAGUUUGUUACCAACAAAUCUCAAGAGGGUUCACAGUUCUGCAGAGGUUUCGGUGGCAUUGGUGGCAUAUUGCGCUAUCAACUUGAUAUGAGAUCUCUGGAUGAGUUUUCUGAUAAUGAAGUGUAUGAAGAUUCAGAUUAGAAGCUGGUCUCGCACGGAACAGCUGGCUCAGAUGCUUUCUGGUUUCCGACUCAUUUCUUGUAUUUUCUCAUUUAGAGCUAUCAAGGGUGCUCUGUAAGUCAUCAAGUGUUUGGCCUUUUUUCUUUUUGGAUUUUAGCGUAUAGUGUAGUGGCAUAGCAAUGAAAUACACUUUUGCAUAAGUUUUAUCAUUUGGAAAAAGAGAUGAUCCAAAGGGCAUCUAGUUGGUGAGUCAGUAGAUGCAAAUGUCCAGCAGAGAAUUACUGCUUUGUUUGUGCUGGUUGUGGUACUCGAUCCAUUUUAGGAACUUUUGUGUUGUAUUUUAUCUUUACUACCAGAAUAGUUUCUCAGUUGUUCCUUCACUUUAAAGUCAAUAUUCUUUAUCUA